CUUUUUCAAGUAAACACAAGUUCUUGGAUUUGGUGAGUAUGAGAAAAGUUUUAGGGUUCUUGAGAAAAAAAGAACACAAGGAUUUUCUUGGAAUAGUAUGAUUUAUUUGGAAUUAUUUUAGCAAAUCAGAGUCACUCCUCUGUUUUGUUUUUUGUCUAUCAUUAAAAGGGUUCCAAACAAAUUAUUAAGGAAAAAUCAAAUCAAAUCCUAAUCAAGCAUGAAAUCCGUUUAUUAAUUGUAAAAUAUAUGUGGCAUUUAAUUAAUAAUAAUUAAAAAAAAUCCGAGUCCUUUACUGAGGAUGAAUUUCGUUACGAAAUCGGAUAGGAAUUUCACAAGAAUAGUAAUAUUCACUAAUUCCUUCUAUAAAGAAAAACGAAAAAAAAAACUAUUAAAUUCUCUUUUUUUGCGCAGAAAUCUAGGAAUUCAAUCAUGGCCAUUCUCUCCGAUUACGAAGAGCCUGAACAAAACCAGCAAGCCCCAGUAUCUCCUUCUUCCUCGUUGUCCUUCAACGUAGUACUUGAUCCCUCAAACCCUCUAGGGUUAUUGGAGUCUGCCCUCAACUUUUUGUCUCAAAAGUCUGAUGUCCUCAAGACCGAUGUCUCUGCCCUAGUUAGGGAGUUCAAGAGAAGAAUCAAGGCUGAAGAGGAUUCAAUCAAAGCCGAAGAGAAAAGACGUACCGAGGAGAAGAAGAGAGAGGAGGAGAAGAAAAGGCUACGGGUUCCAAACAAAGACAAUGGUCUUGACAUGGACAAUUACUCAUGGGCACAGACACUUCAAGAGGUUACUAUUACUGUGCCUGUCCCUCCUGGAACAAACUCUAGGGACGUUGUGUGUGAGAUGAAGAAAAAAUCUGCGAAAGUUGGACUCAAAGGUCAGCCUUCAAUUCUCGAAGGAGAACUAUUUGAGACAAUCAAGGUUGAUGAUUCUCUCUGGAAUUUGGAGGACCAAAAGACUGUUUCUGUGCAUUUGACGAAGUGCGAUAGGAUGAAUUGGUGGAAGUCCUUGUUCAAGGGUGGUUCUGAGAUUGAUAUUCAAAAAGCUGAACCAGAGCCUAGCAAGCUGUCUGAUUUGGAUCCAGAAACAAGGUCCACUGUGGAAAAGAUGAUGUUUGAUCAACGACAGAAGCAGUUAGGUCUCCCUACAAGCAAAGAGAUCGAGAAUGAAGGCCUUGUGAAGCAAUUCAUGGCUCAGCAUCCAAACCAUGGCAACAAGAAUCCAAACACGAGCUUUUCCAACGUGAGGAUGACGUAGACGGUCAUCUUUGGGCUAUACUGUAGAGUAAUGCUUAGGGUUUAGAUUGAUGCUUGUGGGAUUUAGUUAUCUACGAUCUUUAACUAGUUUCAAGUUUUAUUUUCUUUUCUGAAUGAUUAUUAGUUCUACACUGCAAGGGCGA